GAGCGCCAGGCGCGGCAGAGGGAAGACCAGCCCAGGCGGGCGGCGCGGCGCUGCACGGAGGAGCGCUUCCCGGCUCUGGCGGAGGCGGCACCCUCGAAGGCUCUGGCGCGCAGGAAGGACCCGAAGGAAGCCAGUUUCCGCCGCGCGCAGAGGGACGCGGUCGCCUGGCAGGGGCUGGAGCAACGGCACGCUCGGAGCUCCCCCGACCAGCGCGCGGAGCCUGGCGCCCAGCGGGGCCCCGGCCGGGCAGCCCGGGCAGUAGCUGUCGUCGGGCCUCGGGGAAGUGGCCAUGCAGAGACCGGCCGGCCAAGGAGCUGCCUUCUCCAUUGACUCGCUGAUCGGGCACUCGCCCCCCGCACCGCGCUCCGGCCCCCUGCUCUACACGGGCUACCCGAUGUUCAUGCCCUACCGGCCGCUGGUGCUCCCCCACGGACCUCUGCAGACGGCUGCCGCCGGGCUCCCGCCUCUGGCCCCGCUGGCCUCCUUCGCCGGACGCCUCACCAACUCCUUCUGCGCCAGCCUCGGCCAAGCCGUCCCGUCCAUGGUGGCGCUCACUACUGCCCUGCCCAGCUUCGGCGAGCCCCCCGACGGCUUCUACCCGGCACAGGAACUGCCCGCUGCGGGCCGAGGCAACGCGGAGCCGCCCUGCCGCAGACGCAGCGCAGCAGAGAGCCUAGAGACCGAUGAUCUGCCCCACAGCCGGGACAAAGGAGGCCCUCCAGAGCCGCCCCUCCACUUUCCGGAGCCCUUUCCCGGCUUGGCAGAGGGCAAGGCCUACAGCUCGGACGAGGAGAAGCUCGACGGGAGGCCGGGCGAGGCCGCCGGCAGCAGCGAGCGGGAGGAGGAGGAGGAGAGCUCGGCGGAGGCGGAGAGCGAAGAGGAGCCCUUCCUGGACGGGGCGGGCGGCGGCGGCGGCUCGCUGCGGGCCAAGGGCAAGCCCAAGCGCAGCGCAACAGAGUCGGCUGCUGCCUCCGCCGCCGCCGCCGCCGCUACCGUCGCUGGCGGGGGUGCUGCCGCCUCCUCGUCGUCGUCGGGUCCCGGCAAGAGCCGGCGUCGGCGCACGGCCUUCACCAGCGAGCAGCUGCUGGAGCUGGAGAAGGAGUUCCACUGCAAGAAGUACCUGAGCCUGACGGAGCGCUCGCAGAUCGCGCACGCGCUGAAGCUCAGCGAGGUCCAGGUCAAGAUCUGGUUCCAGAACCGGCGCGCCAAGUGGAAACGCAUCAAAGCCGGCAACGUCACCGGCCGCUCCGGAGAGCCCGUCCGGAACCCCAAGAUCGUGGUGCCCAUCCCGGUCCACGUCAACCGCUUCGCCGUGCGUAGCCAGCACCAGCAGCUGGAGCAGGGCCAGCGCCCCUGACCGGCGGACCGAUGGACUGCGUGCGGGGGAGAGAGGGAGGGCCGGCGGGUGGGCAGGCAGGCAGGCGUGCGCCCCGCCCGCCCUCUCCGCCCCUCGCGCCCACCCCGCUCCCUUGUACAAUCGCCCCUAUUUAUUCGGUGUAAAGUCUGUACAGUCGGUGCCCCCCUCGACAGUCGCCACGGGCGGCCGCGCUCCCCCCUCGGGCCUCUCUGGGCCCAGCACAGCCUCGCCCUGCCCCCGAGCGUGUAUAUAAGCCCCCCUCGCCCGUCGAUGUAUCUGUU